AUGUUUAAAUUUUAUCAAAUGAAAUACAUUUUUCAACUGCUGGAUAAAAUGAGAUGCUUGCGAAAGCGUUCUACAGUGUCUUUCUUGGGAGUUCUUGUUGUUUUUCUUCUAUUUAUGAACUUGUACAUUGAAGAUAGCUAUGUUCUGGAAGGUGACAAGCAGCUCAUAAGAGAAACAUCCACACAUCAACUUAAUUCUGAACGCUAUGUUCACACAUUCAAGGAUUUAUCUAACUUCUCAGGAACCAUAAAUGUCACCUAUCGCUACCUAGCUGCGACACCUUUACAGAGAAAGCGAUAUCUCACAAUUGGACUCUCAUCAGUGAAACGGAAAAAAGGAAACUAUUUACUUGAGACAAUAAAAUCAAUUUUUGAACAGUCCAGCUAUGAGGAAUUAAAGGAAAUUUCAGUAGUGGUGCAUCUAGCAGACUUUAACUCAUCCUGGCGUGAUGUUAUGGUCCAAGAUAUUAUGCAGAAAUUUGCCCAUCACAUUAUUGCAGGAAGAUUAAUGGUUAUACAUGCUCCUGAAGAAUAUUAUCCAGUUCUGGAUGGUCUUAAAAGAAAUUACAAUGACCCAGAAGAUAGAGUUAGAUUUCGCUCCAAGCAAAAUGUAGACUAUGCAUUUCUGCUUAAUUUUUGUGCCAAUACUUCAGACUAUUAUGUAAUGCUUGAAGAUGAUGUUCGGUGUUCCAAAAAUUUCUUAACUGCCAUCAAGAAAGUCAUUGCAUCCUUAGAAGGAACGUACUGGGUAACUCUUGAAUUCUCAAAGCUUGGCUACAUUGGUAAACUCUAUCAUUCUCAUGAUCUCCCACGUCUGGCCCAUUUUUUAUUAAUGUUUUAUCAAGAAAUGCCUUGUGACUGGCUAUUGACUCACUUCCGAGGUCUGCUGGCUCAGAAAAAUGUGAUCCGGUUUAAACCUUCUCUCUUUCAGCACAUGGGCUAUUACUCAUCCUAUAAAGGAACUGAGAACAAGCUGAAGGAUGAUGACUUUGAAGAGGACUCAUUCGACAUCCCCGAUAACCCUCCCGCAAGUCUCUACACCAACAUGAACGUCUUUGAAAACUAUGAAGCAAGCAAGGCUUAUAGCAGUGUUGAUGAGUACUUCUGGGGAAAGCCACCUUCAACAGGAGAUACAUUUGUCAUUAUAUUUGAAAAUCCAAUUACAAUUAAAAAAAUUAAAGUGAAUACCGGAACAGAAGACAGACAGAAUGACAUUUUGCACCAUGGAGCUCUAGAUGUUGGGGAAAAACUUACGUUAAGCAAACAAAUAAGACAAUGUGAUACUUACUUAAGACUGGGGGACUUCAAAAACGGAAACUUUGAAAUGUCAGAUGUGAAUCAAAAAAUUCCAUUUGACAUACACUGCAUGAGGAUAUGCGUUACCAAAACACAAAAAGAAUGGCUGAUAAUUCGGAGUAUCAGCAUUUGGACUUCCUAGCCAAUUAAGUCAGUACACUGAGUUUCUGAAGCAGGUCUUCCUGUUUCAGGUUUUCCUAUCUUCCUCUUUUGCUACGUUUGUCUUUUGGAAGGCAACCAAUGGAUGUGAUGUGUCACAGAAAAAUGUGAUCGUCUCAGCAGUUUUUAAUUGCAAUUUUACUCCACACACCCUGGUAUUUUUGUUUUCACUUUUGAGGUUGAAUAUCAUUCUGUAGUUCAAGCUGCUGUCAUUCAUAUAUUUAAAUGUUCACAGCUCCACGAUUUCAACCAAUAGUCAAAAAGAGUGAUGUGAAUGAUUUAGAAUGAGAAAAUUCUUUUGUUGGAUGAUAAUUAAAACACAGUUGCCAACUGUACACAUUUAUUCAUGAAUUGAUAAUUGAUAUGAUCAGAUAGCUUCUCAUUAAAGAAUCUCUGAGAAUAUGCAGUUGGUUGCAAUCAUAAACUGGGACACUUUUCUUGGAAAUUUAGGCUCUCACUGACAGCUGUAUUUCUACAAUUAAUACCUCCUCAGAGAUGUGGUAUCUUUACAACAAACUAUUUUGUGUAAGUAGGGCUGUGGAAAAGCAGAGGUAAAACUCAUCGUUUCUCUGGUUAUUUCUAUGAAAAUGAACACUGCUCAUUGUUUUAAAACAUUUAAUUGGGCACUUUUUAAUAAAUUUUCUGUGGGAAGAAGUACAUUCCUAACUUCCCAUUGGAAAAAAAAGAAGUCAAGCUCAGUAUUUUAAGGUUACAUUGGAUACCUGUAAUUAACAGAC